GUCAAUGGCCAAGUGCUUGCGCAAGAAAGGCUUCUAGGUGCCAAGAAGAUACUCCAUCAGCUUCACAAUCUUAAAUCUCCAGAGAAACUCCAAGCUCGCUCCUACGUGGUACCAGGUCCCAACAUACUCGUGAACGGUCGAAUCAGUCCGUCAGAGGAGAAAAUCCCUUUCUCGGGCCAAAAUGAUGGCCCAGACUUGAUCUUCAUGCAUAACAACGUUGCUACGACUAAUUGCAUUAUUGACAACGUCUCAAUUGUGGAGCUAAUUGACUUAAAAAUGGCGGGGUCUCUUGGCUGGAGAACCGUGGGGAUAAUCCACCGUCGGAUUAUAACUCCAUAG